GGAAGUAGCGACUAGGAAAAAGGGAACGGAGUCCGCUGGACUCUGAGAAGGGCACCGCGCUCCUCCUCCUCCUUCGGCGGGAAGCUCUGGGCCGCCGCACGUGCUGCGGUGCCCAGGCUCCUCCCCUCCCCGCCCCCUGCCCGGGAGUAGCCACGCGGCUGCCAUCCUCUGUGGCCGGUAUGGCGCUCGACCCGGCAGAGCAGCAUCUCAGACAUGUUGAAAAAGAUGUUUUGAUCCCUAAAAUAAUGAGGGAAAAGGCCCGGGAGAGAUGUUCUGAACAAGUUCAAGAUUUUACCAAAUGUUGCAAGGAGUCUGGAGUCCUUAUGGUAGUGAAAUGCCGGAAAGAAAAUUCUGCAUUAAAAGAAUGUCUAACCUCUUAUUAUAAUGAUCCUGCCUUUUAUGAAGAAUGCAAAAUGGAAUACCUAAAGGAAAGGGAAGAAUUCAGAAAAACUGGGAUUCCUGCCAAGAAAAGGAUACAGAAGCUUCCAACAAGCAUGUAGGCACAUAUUCAAAUGAUACUCAGUAACUCUAUUCCUGGAAAUCACAUUUACCUAAAAUGAUGGACUCAAGGAAGUAUUUACUUUAUCCUGAAUUAUGGAAAUAUUAAUCUUAUCUGAAAUAAAGACUUUUUUAAUUUUAAA